GCCGCGAUGUGGGCCGUCCUGCCGCUGCUCUGCGCGGGAGCCUGGCUCCUGGGCGCCCCCGCUUGCGGCGCCGCCGAACUGGCCGUGAACUCUUUAGAGAAGUUUCACUUUCAGUCAUGGAUGGUGCAGCAUCAAAAGAAAUACAGCUCAGAGGAGUACCACCACAGGCUGCAGGUGUUUGCCAGCAACUUGAGGGAGAUCAACGCCCACAACGCCAGGAACCACACAUUUAAAAUGGGACUGAAUCAAUUUUCAGACAUGAGCUUUGCCGAAUUAAAACGCAAGUAUCUUUGGUCAGAGCCUCAGAAUUGCUCAGCCACCAAAAGUAACUACCUUCGAGGUACUGGUCCCUACCCACCCUCCAUGGACUGGCGAGAAAAAGGAAAUUUUGUCACACCAGUGAAAAAUCAGGGCAGCUGCGGCAGUUGCUGGACCUUCUCCACCACUGGGGCCCUGGAGUCUGCUGUCGCUAUAGCAACAGGGAAGUUGCCCUUCCUGGCUGAGCAGCAGCUGGUGGACUGCGCCCAGAACUUUAACAACCAUGGCUGCCAAGGGGGUCUCCCCAGCCAGGCCUUCGAGUACAUCCGGUACAACAAGGGCAUCAUGGGUGAAGACACCUACCCCUACAGGGGCCAGGAUGGUGACUGCAAGUACCAGCCCAGUAAGGCCAUUGCUUUUGUCAAGGAUGUAGCCAACAUCACACUGAACGACGAGGAGGCGAUGGUAGAGGCCGUGGCCCUAUACAACCCCGUGAGCUUCGCCUUCGAGGUGACUGCUGACUUUAUGAUGUACAGAAAGGGCAUCUACUCCAGUACUUCCUGUCAUAAGACUCCGGAUAAAGUAAACCACGCGGUGCUGGCUGUUGGGUACGGAGAAGAGAAAGGGAUACCCUACUGGAUCGUGAAGAACUCUUGGGGCCCCCACUGGGGAAUGAAGGGGUACUUCCUCAUCGAGCGUGGGAAGAACAUGUGCGGCCUUGCGGCCUGUGCCUCCUUCCCUAUCCCCCUGGUGUGAGCCCCGGCGGCAAUGACGGGUCAGUGGAG